AAAAAAAAAAAAAAAAAAAAAAAAAAAUAUCAAUUAUAUCCGACUCUAAUUUCUCCACUCUACUGUCAUCACUGUUUCCCUCUCUCUUCUAUUUUGCUCCUUUUUUUCCUCUUUACUUUAUCCCAUCGCUUGCCAACUGAUCUUCCACCUCUGCUAAAUUGCUUGUUGUCUCAAUCUCAUAACUUAGAUCUCACUCACUCCCCACUCACACACUCUCUCUAACUUUAUUUCGCUUGCUCGCAUUUGAAAUUACAGGCAUCGGACACCUCUUGAUUUAUAUUCUCAUCAAACAGGAAUUCAUCUCAGCGCGAUCAUAAAGAGACAUUCAGACAUUUCUAAUGGGAGCAACAGAGAGCAAAGUGCAAGGGAAUGGUGCAGUUGCUGGUGAAGGAGUGUCCUCAAAAGCAAAGUUGACUCUUGCUCAGGGAACACAGCCUCUUCAAACCACAUCGCUCAAUAUCCUACGCGAUGGCUUCUAUGGGAAACGACCUGUUUCUGUUUUCACCUACGAUCCUUCUCAGUUUGUACUUGACAACAAUCAGGGAUUCCUACCAAAGGCCAUCAAGAAAUUGAAAACCAUCCGACACCCUUCAGUACUCAGAUUUAUCGAUUGCAAAACAAGCUCAUCGGCGGUGCAUCUAAUCACAGAGCAAGUUGUGCCUCUGACACUUGACUAUCUCAAAGAUAUCUCCGAAGACGAAAUCCUUGUUGGCCUCUUUGACAUAAUGGUUGCACUGCAUUUCCUACACUCUCAAUGCCAUGUUUCCCAUAAUAAUGUGCAGCUGAGCUCCAUUUUCGUUUCAAAUGGUCGAUGGGUUUUAGGAGGGAUGGAGUUCACAGGAACUGUUACUGAACUUACUGAAACAGGCUUAAUAUCACUCCUGCCCGAGGAGCUUAUUCCUCCAGAAUAUCAGGAACAGUCUGCCAAGAUGGUACGGGAUAAAGUUUUGUAACAUGACAUGAACGGAAAUCAGGAGUAACUAGAACUUGUCUCUAUAUUACACUAUCAUACUGAUGGCUUUGUUCAUGUCCCUGAGUAGGCUUCACAGGAGAGGGA